AUGUGAACCAGAAAAGUAUUUUAGCAACCACACAAAAAUGUAUCGUUUUAUGUCGAAUUCUACUAGACUGGCAGGUCGUCAUGCAAAAAGAUGUGUCACACUUUAUCACUCAAAAACUGGUGUAUAUGGUUACAAGCCUUACGCGGAAUCAGACAACGAAAAAUUUGUUAUUCAAGGAGAUGCUUUGCAAAACAGAAUAAGAAAUGGAAAUAUAUAUCAAUUAGUUCAAGCAUAUAGAAAGUUUGGUCAUCUGAAAGCAGACCUCGAUCCUUUAGGAAUUCAAACUAGGAGGAAUCCGUCCGAGUUAUCACUAGAGAGAUAUGGUUUAUCUAAUGAUUUAAAUCAACAGAUUAAUACGGCUGGUAUAUUCUAUUCUAGUCAAUCACAAAUAUCUAUUGAUGACUUAGUACAACAACUAGAAGAGCAAUAUUGUCAGGGUAUAGCAGCAGAAUUUGAUCAUUUAGUUUCUGAAACAGAGAGAGAAUGGUUUGCUGAAAACUUUGAGAAAAAAUCACAGAUAGGAAUUAGUGAUGAAAGAAAAACUGAUCUUGCAAAACUUCUUCUGAAAUCUCAGACAUUUGACCAUUUUCUGGCUAACAAAUUCACCACAGUUAAAAGAUAUGGCGGAGAAGGAGGAGAGAGCAUGAUGGGAGUUUUUGAUGAAAUAUUCCACAGUUGUUCUGAAUAUGAUGUCUCAAAUGUAGUAAUGUGUAUGCCACAUAGAGGUCGGUUAAAUUUUCUAACCUGUAUGUUAAAGUUUCCUCCAGUUAUUAUGUUACAAAAGAUGAAAGGUAAAACAGAAUUCCCACCUGAUGUUAAAGGAACUGGUGAUGUCCUCUCACAUCUUUAUACUUCAAUUGACUUAGAAUAUGGAGGAAAAAAUGUUCAGGUGUCAUUUUUGCCCAAUCCUUCACAUCUAGAGGCCAAUGAUCCUGUAGCUGUUGGUAAAGCUAGAGCUAAACAACAAAUGUUACAAGAAGGUGAAUAUAGUUGUGAUGACAAGUCGCAUGUUGGUGAUAAAGUUCUUUGUUUACAAGUUCAUGGUGAUGCUGCCUUCAGUGCUCAGGGUAUUGUAGCAGAAACAUUAAUUAUAGCUGAUUGUCCUCAUUUUACAGUUGGUGGAUCAAUUCAUCUUAUAGUUAAUAAUCAAAUAGGUUUUACUGCAGAAGCAAGACAAGGCAGGUCAUCAACGUACAGUAGUGAUAUAGGUAAAAUUAACUCUAUUCCUGUUCUACACGUGAACUCUGAUUAUCCUGAGGAUGUUAUAAGAGCUACAUCAAUAGCAAUGAAAUACAGACAGAAGUUCCGUAAAGAUAUAAUAAUAGAUUUGAUGUGUUAUCGUAAAUAUGGUCAUAAUGAACUGGAUGAUCCAGCCUUUACUAAUCCUCUGAUGUACCAGGCGAUUAACUCCAGGAAGAGUAUACCAGAUUUAUAUGCUGAAAAAAUUGUUAGUGAAGGUAUAUGUGAGAUGUCUAUAUUAGAUGAUACAGUUAAAGAAUGGAAUACAGUAUUACAAUCAGAUAUAAGUAAAGUAGAUUCAUAUGUUAUACAGCCAUUUCAUCUAUUAAAACAAUGGAGUAAUAUACAACAAGCUGGUGAUGUUAUUUCUAGAUGGGAUACAGGUGUUGAUAUAGAUACACUUAAAUUUAUUGGUGCUAAAUCAGUGGAAAUUCCUGAAACAUGGAAAAGUCACUCAACCAUACAAAAAACACAUUUAGACAGACGGAAACAAAAAUUGAUGGAAGGGAAAGAAUUAGACUGGGCAACAGCAGAAGCCCUAUCUAUUGGUUCAUUACUUUAUCAAGGUUUUAAUGUACGUAUAUGUGGACAAGAUGUAGGUAGAGGUACAUUUAGUCAUCGUCAUGCUAUGGUUAUAGAUCAACAAACAGAUGAUAUGUAUAUACCUUUAAACAAUAUUAGUGAUACACAACAAGCUUUCUUUGAGGUAGCAAACAGUGCUUUAUCAGAAGAGGCUGUACUAGGUUUUGAAUAUGGCAUGAGUUUAGAAAGUCCAAACAAUUUAAUUAUAUGGGAAGCCCAAUUUGGUGAUUUUUUUAAUGGUGCACAGUCCAUAAUAGAUACUUAUAUUACCAGUGGUGAAACUAAAUGGUUAUUACAGAGCGGUAUAGUUAUGUUAUUACCACAUGGUAUGGAUGGAGCUGGACCAGAACAUUCUAAUGCACGUAUAGAAAGAUUUCUUCAGUUAUCUGAUAGUAAAGAAGAUGGUAUUGAUAGUGAUGAUGUUAAUAUACAAGUUGUACACCCCACUACAUCAGCUCAAUAUUUCCAUCUUUUACGAAGACAGAUGGUAAGAAACUACCGGAAACCUCUGAUUAUAGCAGCACCAAAAGUUAUUCUUCGUCUUCCGGCAGCAGCUUCAGAUCUUUCCACAAUGGGACCAGGCACAGAAUUCCAAACAGUUCUUGGAGAUAGUACUAGUAUUAAACCAGAUGCGGUAGAAAGGGUCAUAUUUUGUUCAGGAAAACAUUAUUAUAAUCUAGUCAAAGAAAGAGAAAGUAGAAAUAUAAAUAAUACAGUAUUCAUCAGACUUGAAAGUCUUUGUCCUUUCCCGGCAGCAGAAAUUCAAGCUGAGUUGAGCAAAUAUUCUAAAGCCAAAGAUUUUAUAUGGAGUCAAGAAGAACAUAGAAAUAUGGGAGCUUGGUCUUUUGUGGCACCAAGAUUUGAAAAUGUAGUUGGUUGUAAGUUGAGAUAUUCUGGGAGAGAUGUAUUGAGUACAUCUGCUGUAGGUAUUGGUGAAUUACAUCAAAGAGAAGUAAAAGAUAUAAUGGAAAAAACAUUUAGUUGAUCUGUGAUCUCAUAUUUUACAACUACUGUGAAUUCAGUGAUAUACCGGUACUUAAUAAAUAGUAAGUCUGAUGGAAAAUAUUAGUCCUAAUCAAGAAGUAAAAUUGAAAAAAUGUAAUAAAAAUAUUGAUACAAUUAAGAUUAUAUGUAUGGUCUGUGUUGUCAAUAAAAGUUAGGGGUUUUUUUUUGUCAAAGUUUUGGAAAUUUCACCUAAAACGUUGCCCAUGCAUCUGCAAGAUGAAAUAGGUGUAUGUCCCAGUUUUAUUCAAUAUAUAUUGUUAGAAAUCUUUUUAUAUAGAAUAUAUUUUAGAUAUGGUUUAGUAACUAUGUACAUCUAAUGAUUAUUAAAAACAAAAUUUAAAAUUCGUGGUGCCAAUGUUUUUGUUUUUGUUCUUGUUUUGUUUUCUUUUUACUAAAAUAGCAUUAUAAAAUUUUUCUUUUUACUAAAAUGGUAUUAUGUAAUUUUUUAAUGAAAUCUGCCCCUUGUUAGUUCUUGAUUUGUUAUUUUAUUGCAUUGUAUUAUCCUAAAUUGAAAUGUUUAGAAUACUCACUGUUAAUUUUAUAUCAGUUGAAGGACAAUAUUGGUAUCAGUCUUUAUCAUAUAUUCUUCUUUUAAAGACAACUAAUCAUGAUAUAAACUAGAAGUGAUAGAACUUCCAUUAUUUAUUACUUCCAAGUCCCAAUGUCAGUGUUUUAUGUUUCUUAUUUGUUAGUUAGUCAUCCCGGUUUCUAUUCAGAUUUUAUGUGUGGUGCAGUUCUCCUGCAAUUACUAUUAAAAUAUUAUAAUGAUAUUAUAUUUUAUAUGAUUUAAAUAUACCUAUAGUUAGAUCAAAUCUAUAUUUUGUUGCUUAUUUAAAUGUAUAAGAUGAUGUGUUUCUUAUUAAAUAUGUACAUAAUGGGA